AUGACGAUUUCAUUGCUUGCCGCCGUCGCGGCAACAGCAUUUCUGCCUCAUAGCUUCGGGGCCCCACUGGCUGCGAGAAACAACAAUGGGACCAUGAUAUAUGACUUCUCUGAGCUGACAGCCAGCGCAGAGUUGGAUUGGAAACCAUGUCACGAUAACUUCAUGUGUACUUUACUUGCAGUACCUCUCGAUUACAACGAUCCCUCAAUUGGGACUGUUAACCUGGCAAUUAUCAAGAAGCCGGGUCCCACCAAAGACGCCCAAGAAGUUCUCGUGAAUCCAGGAGGUCCGGGUGGCUCAUCCGUGGACAUGAUUCUACUUGACUACGCGGCAACACAGGAGAAGAUUGGAAACCAGUAUACGCUGGUUGGAAUCGAUCCCCGAGGAGUCAAGAACAGUGGCCCUUCGAGUGAUUGCUUCCCACCUGAGCACUACCCACUUGCUGCGCGUAACUCUUUCAUGCAAACUGUCAUCACACCGUAUGACAUUACAUCCGACUACACUCUUCAGCACUCCCACCAAACUGUUCUCGCUUACGGUAGAUGGUGCACCAGCAUCUACGCCGUAAACAACACCGCCAAAUACGCCAGCACAGUAGCAACAGCACAGGACAUGCUACAUUACAUUGAACUCUCCGCAAAAGCCAGUGGCCAAGCUCCCGAAGCAGCGCAAUUGUGGUACUAUGGCAUUAGCUAUGGUUCCAUCCUGGGCGCUGCCUUUGCAAGCCUCCACCCCUCGCGCAUCGGCCGCAUGAUCAUCGACGCCGUCUUAGAUCUCCCAGACCACUACAACGGCGGUUGGGAAAACGCCAUCCUGGACACCGACGCCGCCGCCCAAUCAUUCUUCAAACUCUGCUUUGCCGCCGGUCCAGAACUCUGCCUAUUCCACCAAAACGCCACGUCCUGGGAGGAUCUCGAGACACGGUACUGGAGCCUGCUGGAUGGGCUGAAGAAAACACCUGUAGGGCUUGGUGACCCGCUGCUCAAUGUCACGGCAGGAACUGAUACCGUGGUGACACCUGCGAUUCUUACUUGGCAGGACGUCACCAGCGCCAUGUUCUCGGCCGUGUACUUUAUCGAUCCUGCGUUAAUUAAUGCCAUGGACAUUGGGCUUACUGCCUUACAAACACGCAAUACGGAUGUUCUUACCUUUGCGACGACCAAGACGCAGAUCUCGACUGUAUCACCGGGGUACGAUUCACGCAUGGCGCUAGCGCUAGUGAUGUGUCUUGACGCCGAUGGACGGGCAAAUUAUACGGAUUUUGCGGAUUUCAAGACGUUUGUGACGGAGAUGGCGGGCAGGAGUAGGUAUGGUGGGUUGAAUGGUGCGUCUUUUAGUGGGCCGCUUUGUAGUCAGUUUGAUGUUCGGUCGCCUGAGAGUCAACGGUUUGAUGGGAUUCCACGCGUAAACGGGACGAGCACGCCUAUACUUUUCAUCAGUGGUACGGCAGAUCCCAUUACACCGCUCGUCUCGGCGGAGAAGAUGCAAGGCCUUUUCCCGGGAUCGGGAUUGUUGGUCUGGGAGGGCGCUGGUCAUACGGCCCAUGUUAGGAAAUCGGCAUGUGUUUCCAGACAUGAAAAGCAGUAUAUGUUGAACGGAAGGCUGCCGCCUGCAAAUACGACGUGUGAGGUUGAGCAGCCGAAUCCGUGGAUUGCGUACAAGGAGAUGGUGGAUGAGAUGGCGCGUUCUGAAUGA